AUGGAAAAGAUAUCAGAUAUUCGCUACAUUCAGUCACUUUCAAUCCAGUAUGGACUGCAGUAUAGGUUAAACCUAAAAGAUGCCAGUACUGGAUAUAAAUCUGCUAUAAGAGUUCUGUUCUGCAGACAGUUACUACUGGGCAUAGUGCUUACUGUUGUGACGUGUCUCCCUGACUGCAAAAUAGGGACAGGUAUAUUUGUGGAAGGAGUUCAGUGGAAGUUUGCCUUUUUUACAGCAGUGCUGAACUUGACCUCUUGGGUGAUUUUUGAUGUCUUACUCUCAGUGAAAUACAGUGCAAGUCAUCAACCUCCAUGUAGACCUUCAGCAAAAUCAGAAAAAAGUCCCAAACCAGCUGAUGGGAAAGCGCAGUCAGUUUUUUAUGCCAAAGAGAGCAAAGAAGGCAAGAAGGCAAGACCUGAAAGGGCUACACCCCUACCAUCUGAUAAGGCACCAAGUAUUUUUAAAGCUGGUAAACCCCGGGGAGAAGUUCAAGGGGCAGCAGAGGUACAAGAAGACAAAAAUCUGAAAGUGGAGAUGCCCAUCGAUCAGGUUCCAGCUCAAAUAGUCCAAGAAGAAGAAAUUGUGGCACCUGCCAGUAGUCCUGCUGAUGAGGUUGAGGAAGAUGGCAAUCCAUAUGAGGAUAUUGAAAAAAAGGAAAAGAAGAAAGAAUGGAGCUUCAAGAAUAUGUUUGGAUUCUUUCUCAAAAAGCCUGCAGAAUCUAAAGACAAUAAGGAAGAAUCCAAACAAGAAGAAGAAGAAAAAGAAAAACAACCUGAAAAGGAAACAAUACCAGAACAAAUUAAUGACAAAAAAGAAACAUAAAGAGAUGAUUUCAAAUGUCAUGUCAUGUUGUGCUAUAGAGGAUUUUAAUGUUGCAGGCCAGGAUAUAGUUUGCAACUCAUGAAAUAUCAUGUUUACUACAGGGGACUAUCUUCCACAUCAUCAGUUAAGACAGUUCCUCAUGACAUAAAGAAACAAACAAUAAAACCACCAUCUUUCUUGCA